AUGGAUCAUGUUCUUCACUUUGUGCUGGUUCCCCUCAUGUCCCCUGGCCACCUUCUACCAAUGGUAGACAUUGCAAAAAUAUUUGCACAAAGGGGUGUGAUCGUAUCUGUAGUCACUACACCUCACAACACCCUCAGAAUCCAGAAAUCCAUUGAACAGGCUGCGGAAUCUGGACUCGAAAUCAGGCUCGUUGAGCUGAAAUUUCCAGCUGUGGAAGCUGGUUUGCCCGAAGGAUGUGAAAACAUGGAUAUGCUGCCUUGUCGCAGUAUGAUCAAGAACUUCUUUGUUGCAGCCAGUAUGUUAAGGGAACCACUGGAAGAAAUAUUGGAGGUGAUGGAACCACGGCCAUGCUGCAUUAUUUCUGGUAAGAAUAUGGCAUGGACCGUUGAAACAGCUCAAAAGUUCAAGAUCCCCCGGAUUUUCUUUGAUGGGAUGGGGACAUUUGCUGCUUCCUGCGCACACAAUUUGCAAACUUCCAAAGUUCAUGAGGGAUUAUCACAGUUUGAGCCCUUCAUUGUGCCGGGGUUAAAGCAUCAGGUCAAGCUGACUAGAGCUCAGCUCCCUGAAGGCCUCAACCCGACAGCCUUACCAGACAUGAUUGAAGUUCGAAACAAGAUGACGGCAGCUGAGUCGGUAGCAGACGGGAUCAUUGUCAACACCUUUGAGGAAUUGGAAUCAGAAUACAUACAAGAGUACAAAAAAGUCAAAUCUUGUAAAGUAUGGUGCAUUGGUCCUGUUUCGGCUUGCAAUAGAUCAACCUCAGACAAGGCAACCAGGGGGAAAAUUAACUCCUCAGAUUGGAUCAAAUGCUUGGAAUGGCUAAAUUCUCAGCAGCCAAAUUCCGUGAUCUAUGCUUCUCUUGGAAGCAUCUGUGGCCUAACGGCUUCUCAAGUCAUCGAGCUUGGACUCGGACUAGAAGCAUCAAACAGGCCAUUCAUAUGGGUUAUCAGAUCAGGGGAAAAAUCAAAAGAAUUAGAGAAAUGGAUCAGUGAAGUCAGAUUUGAGGAAAGAAUUGGUGAAAAAGGAAUUUUGAUGAGAGGUUGGUCCCCUCAGGUACUCAUCUUGUCCCAUCCCUCUGUCGGAGCAUUCUUAACACACUGUGGCUGGAACUCGACUCUGGAAGGCCUCUGUGCCGGUGUUCCACUGAUUACAUGCCCGCUUUUCGCUGAGCAGUUUAUCAACGAGAAAUUUGUGGUGGAAGUGCUAAAAACUGGGGUCAGUGUAGGAGUUGAGGCUGCCGUUACAUGGGGCCUGGAAGAAAAGUCUGGAUUGGUUAUGAGGCAAGAAGCUGUCAAGUUGGCCAUAGACAAGGCCAUGGACAGAGGAGAGGAAGCAGAGGAAAGAAGAAGAAAAGCGAGAGAAAUUGCAGAGAUGGCUAAAAGGGCUACUGCCACUGAAGACGGAUCAUCGUCCCUUAAUGUCAAAAAUUUGAUUGACAACAUCAUGAAAUCUGGUCUUACCUCUGAUUUGCACCAAUAA